ACUUUCUAUGCUUUAAUUAUAACUAAAUUAUAAUCAUAAAUUGUAAGUCACCUUGGAUAAAAGUGUCAAAUAAACAUAAACUAAUAUCAGUGUGACCUGGCAGUAAGAACACAUAAAUAGCCAACCAAAUAAAAUGGCACAAAAACACUUAAUUACUCCCCCAUCCCCCAUAGCUUCCUGUAUCAUUUCAGAACCACCAUUCAUGCCAACAUAAAUGCAACAGUUCUCUUCCUCCCGGCCCCAAGCAGUGAGCUAUAUGAGAUAUUCAGAGGACAAUUGGUUAAGUGGAGCUAACCGCUGCCUUCUUCUCCCGGAGGUAUCUUCCUUUUUGGUCCUGCCGAGCCUGGCGCCUUGCAAAACACAACUUGUCUGGCUUAUUAAAUAGUAUGACCUGCAGAAAGAAAACGCCUGUUGCUUCUCAACCGGGACCAUUGUGAGGGAGAAGAGCUCAUGACAGGCCUUAAAUUGCUCUAAUGCUGUGUGACCGACCAACAGUCAUCCAGUUCUAUCCCGGCAGCGAGGAGCUUUUAUUCAGAUGCGACCUUUUAUUUAACUUUUCAUUUCUCAUGGUUUAAUUUUUAGGGGGAACAAAACUUACAUUUCAGAUUUUUAUUCCUUUUAGGGGAAAAAAACAUAUUUUGUUAAUUACUUUUCUGCACGUUGUUACAGCGGAAAUAAUAGCCAGCACCGGUGGAAAUGCCUUGCUAAUAGAUGUAAAUGGUCAAAACAGGGGGAGAAGUCAUCCCCACUGCUUAAUUGCGCUAAAAUUGGUCAAAGCUACUUUGUGAGAGCCAUCAAUAACCCCGCUCCGCAUGGGGUCUGUAUGAUUAACGUCCCCUGCCUUUCACAGGCCUCUUGAUCUCCUCUCAAAAGGCAGAGGGCCAAUCAAAACAGUUCCCAGACACGUCACGGAGACAACUUGACGUGCUGAUUGGCGGGAGCCAGGAUGGGAACAGCCCCUGUCCUUCUUAUAGACGACAGAGUUCCUGCGCGUAAAGCUUCUGGUUUCGCUGAAAGCGCAAAGACGCACGUUGGAGACGGAACGCUCCAGCAGCACGAUACCUCUGAACUGGCCGCACGGAGGUGCAUGGCCCCAUCUCCUUGUACCAUGAUGAAUCCUGGGCAGGGGUCACCGUCGCAUGACGUCAAGCAGCUCCAAACGAAGGAGGAGACGGACGCAGAGGGCGAGGAUAUCCAGCCCAAAGACAUGACAACAGAGAAAGGAUACAAACUGCAGCGGAGCUGCCUUCCGUUUAGUGUCGAGUCGUUGAUUUCCAAGAAGAGCACCUGUCGGACUUCUUACUCUGCCUCUGAGUUGGCUGUGAUGCUGCCGAAGCCGCCGUCGGCGCAGGGCGCACAGUUCUCUCCAAGGACGUGUUACGCAGAGAGUAGGGUUUCUGCGGAGGGUUCACAGGGAGUUUCCAGAAGUUCCGACGAGGACAGUCCGAGGUUUUGUGAGAAAGAGCAGAGCACUUGGUUUCAGACGUCCUCCUUUUCUACACCUCCUCGGAGCUCAAGUCCGUCUCAGUGUACUUUAAGGAAACACAAAAAUAACAGGAAACCUCGAACGCCCUUCACUACCUCACAGCUGCUGGCCCUGGAGCGCAAGUUCCGCCAGAAGCAGUACCUCUCCAUCGCCGAGAGAGCGGAGUUCUCCAACUCUCUCAACCUGACGGAAACGCAGGUGAAGAUCUGGUUUCAGAACCGGAGAGCCAAAGCCAAGAGACUGCAGGAGGCCGAACUGGAGAAGUUUAAGUUGGCAUCAAAGCCCGUCCUGCCCGCCUUCGCGCUGCCUUUCCCCCUCGGAGCUCACAUGGGCUCCCCGUCUUGGGGCCCGUCGAACGCCUUCCCGAGGCCCAGCCUGCCGGUACCGGGACUGUUCAGUGGACCGGUCACUUAUGGGAUGUAUUAUUUGUCUUAGUAAUUCUUUACAUGACUGUAUGUUUGGCUGAUUACGAGGCCACAACUUUGUGAAGAAUGAAAUAUGAAAAAGUCCACUGAAGGGAGAUAAAACGUGAGAUAAAUCUUAUAAAUGUGUGCAUUUCUCUGAAUAAGUGAGUAUAUUCAUAAGUGCAGGUAUUUUCCAACCUCCAAAAUCUUACUUCAAAAAAUACAAUUUUAAUGAGUCCAGACUCGAAUCUGAGGCAGAUGAAGAGAAGACAGAAAAGUGCUUAAGCAGUGCCUUAUGGGACCGUUUCUUGUUUACUUGAAAUAUAUUUUUCUCCUCAUUCAAACGUGACCAUUUUCUGUCAUUGUUCCUGCAGUUGGAUUUUUAUAUUUCUAAAAUCAAUUCAAAUAAACAAAAGGACCAAAUUAUAUUUUAGACAAAUGAGUUUAUUAGUUUUUAACUCACGUUGUGGCCUUUAUGGGAGUGGUUUUGGGUUUGAUGUGAGGAUUUUUGCUGUAAGUGUAAAUAAAAUGCGUAGCGCUCAGAAAGCCCUGCGCUCUGCUUGGAGAGCAGAUGGAGUGAUAUUUAUUAAUGCCUGUAUCUGUACUGUGUACAUACAUCACUCUGUCUUUGCAAAAUAGCUUUUAGUAAAUAAACGCCAUACAACAAA